AUUUGUUUACAUCGUGAUAAAUUCCUCACAGCUGACUGAUGGUAACCGAUUCGGCUCAGCAAAGGUUAAAAUUACAACUGAACAUACGUAAGGAUGAUCAAAUCUUAAAUCAGCUGGUUCGUAAAUAUGAAAACAUAUCUGCUCAACGUAAUUAAAUGAAGCAUCAAAUUAAUUACUUCGACUAGUUUCAUUGAUUUGAUUUGGAGAAUUAACUGCAAACCAUAAAUAGGCUGUAUACUAAGAACCGCUCGUCUUUCCUGCCUUUAACAAACGUCGCAAUAACAUUAUCAUUUAAAUUUAUACGAGCCUUUCCUUUUUUUGGGUAUUACUUACUUUAACGAAGAUUUUGCAAAACGCAUAAAGUGGUACUUUUAUUCCAUACCUGUGUUUUUUAUAAUAAAAAUAUCGUUUAGGUCUGUUUCUUCCUCUGUUUCAGAUUGAUUAAUUUUCUAUACCACAAGAUUUAUUACCGAAUUAUCUAAAAUCGGUUAGUACGUUGGGCCUUUUCAAGAAAAAUUUUGAGGAAGUUAUUUUUUAAAUGGCAUCCAAACUAUCGGAACGUGAGCAUCACCCAACAGGUGAUCCCUAUUCUUCUCGUCGUCCUAUUCCUACUAUCCCAAAAUUCUUUCGUGAUAGAAAAGAACGUGCUGAAAAACGAGAAAAGCAAAAGGCAGAAAAGCAUCAAAAGGAAUCCAGUCAAGAAGAACUUUUCGAUCCUAUCACUCAACGAAACGUUGAAAUCUCUGAUAUUAACUAUGACUACCAAAAAUCAUAUAGAGAUCCAAAUUACACUGUACCCAAUCAGUCAAUCCAGGCUGGACUUUCAGCAGGUCAAGAGCCCUAUUUAAAUUCAAACCAAUCUCCGUCUACCUACAAACAACACCAAGAUGACCUUGCACCCCCUGAAGCGCAUGAUGAUAUAACUCGAGAUGUACCUAUUAGCGACGAAAAAACUAAUAUCCUCUUCUUUCCUUCGCCAUCUGUGGAUCUGUCGUAUGUCUCAAGAGAAAUUAAACAGAAAACGGACCAGUAUACGCUAUAUUGUUUUCUGUUUACUCUGAUUGUCACUUGGGUUAUUUCGCAUUCCGUCCUACUUUCCAUCAUCUUUCCUAUUGCUGCCUCAUGCUCUAUUUUCUUAUGGAUGAAUCAUGUCCAGACUGUUGCCCAAGCUGCCGAGUGGGGUUCCGAACAGAAACGAGGUGAAUAUGCCCGUCUUAAUCUCAUACCAGAAAGUGCCGAAUGGAUGAACCAUCUACUGGAACAAAUUUGGAAUCUCAUCAACCCGGAACUUUUCUCCUCACUCAUUGACCAAAUCGAAGAUGUUAUGCAAGCUUCAAUUCCUUCUUUCAUUGAAAACGUUCGUAUCGCAUCUUUUCACCAAGGGUCUCAUCCAGUACGUGUUAUUUCAAUCCGCUCGUUGCCCUCAGCUGAAAGCCAGAAAACAUUUAAGGAGCAAAAUGAAUCUCAAAAUAAAAACGAAAAUGAACCGACACAGAAGGCGAAAAGGUUUUAUAAUCUCGAGGUUUGUGUCGCCUACCAUGCGACGCCAGUCCAAAGUAAUACCAGUUCAGCCCACGCUUCCAAUAUACAUCUUCGCAUUGUUUUCUACCCUGGUAUCAAAGGUACAAUUGGUAUUCCCCUGCCCAUUUGGGUUGAAAUGAAAGGAUUUGUAGCCAGAAUUCGUCUUCGUUGUGAGCUAAUGCCUGAGAUCCCCUUCUUGAAGAACCUUACCUUUUCACUAAUGGGCCUUCCACAAAUUAACGUUGCCGCAGUUCCUGUCGCAGAGAACGGUAUUAACGUCUUAGGACUUCCUUUAAUUUCUAAAUUUGUCAAUGACUCCAUUGCUGCUGCUGCUAACGAGUAUGUCAGUCCAAAGAACAUGACAAUGGAUAUGUCUAAGAUUCUUUUAGGUGACGAUAUAAAGAAGGAAACGAGUGCACUUGGUGUUAUAUACAUUUAUAUUGAGAAGGCAGAGGGUUUAAGCAAGCAAGACGUCAAUGGUCUUUCAGAUGCCUAUAUCACCAUUGGGUACUACAAAUUUGGCAAACCAUUGUUUUGUACACGUGUCAUAAAACAAGAUUUAAAUCCAAUCUGGAAAGAAUACGCCGUAAUUCCUGUAUUUCCAGAACAUCUUAAAGCUGGUGAGAAAGUGUCCAUCGAACUCUGGGAUAGCGAUCGGUUUAGUCCAGACGAUGUAGUCGGUCGUACUAAAGUUGACUUACAUGUUUUGUUCCAAAACCCUGAAAAGAUUAUGGAUCGUCGUGAUGCACUUACCGGUAUUAGUGAGCAGACAUCACUUCCCGGAUAUAUAUACUAUCAAUUAGGUUAUUUCCCUAAAGCAGAUUUUAGAGAAGAAUUGAGAACUGGUGGACAUGAUAUUUCUAUCUCGCGUUCUCUUCGUGAAGAUCCUGCUUUCCAACACCCCCAGGGAACUCUGAGUAAUAGUGAAGAAGAUGCUGUUGUUCACACUCCUCCAGAUCCAGAGUAUCCUAGUGGCAUCUUGUCGUUCACAAUUCAUCAGGCCGUGAACUUGGAAAUUAGUCAUCCUAGGGGUACAUAUGGAAAGGUUAAAGGAACUUACAACACUUCUCCACCUCAAGAUGUAGGAGAUGUAAAGUCAGAAGAAGGUGGUGAUUUACCUUCAUCAUACGUUUGUGUCGAUAUCAACGAUAGUCUGGCAUACAAGACGAGGACGAAGGUUUAUUCUUCAAACCCCAUCUAUAACGCUGGAAGUGAAAAAUUUAUCAAAGACUGGAGAAAUACGAUAAUAUGCUUUACCGUCCGAAACUUUCGACUUCGUGAACACGAUUCUAUUUUGGGCACUGUUAAUAUUCCGCUUAGCAAAACCUUGACAAGCUUUUCCCAGAUCACAAAAUGGUUCCCGGUCGAAGGAGGAAUUGGAUAUGGUAGCAUUCGUUUGUCUAUUUUAUUCCGAAGUGUAAAACUUCAGAUUCCACGUAAUUUGUUGGGAUGGGAUAUUGGCACCCUUGCAUUUAUUGACAAUAAAUUGGUUGCUGAAGGUAUUGAUAGCGUAUCAAAGGUUAACUACUCCUAUGUAAGGAUUAAUGCCGGCAUGCAAAAGAGCAGUACAAAAUAUGUAACUUCGGAGUCUCCGGAGAGAGUCUCUUGGAUGAUUAAUGGGAGCAGCUUGAGUCUACCGCUCAGAUAUCGUUACGGCAGCCCUUUGGUUUUCGAGUUCCGCAAUCAUAUUCGCAGAAAAAACAAUGUUUAUGCGAUUCUCUGGCUUUCGGAACUUGUGGACAACGAGGAACCAGUUAUUCGUAUUCCCAUCUUUACUUCAAACAAACCUGCGCAUAUCUUGCAGAACACUGUAAAUAUUGAACAUCCAGAUGAAUUUUCUCAUCUCAAAAUCCUUGGCUAUCUAACGAUUACUGUGAGUUUCCGACGUGGUUUCGACCUUCUUCACGAGCGACUCAUUGGUAAUGAUGACGAGGGUGCCAGUUUUGAAACAUUUAUGAGCUUACGUUCUCAAGGAAAGCGAAGAGGCUAUGUAAAGGACAUGAACAACCCCUUAUAUGACAACUCUUCCAGCAACAAUGAAGAGCGGUCCAACAAUGAGGAGCGACCAGUAUCAAGAUCUAACACCAUGGAGACGGCGGAUGAAAAUACUGAAAAUGGCAGUGGGGAAAGUCCAAAUCAGUUUGCGGAGUCGAACCCAAAUGAAAUGAAUGACUACGGACAGAACGCUGUAGAACAAACUGUUACACUUGAUGGAUUCAUCCCACCGAGCGCUGGUGGUCCUAGCAAUGAUUUGAAUCACGACGAGCAGAUUUUUGAGCGUGAAUUUAUCUCACUUGGCCAAGUAGUAAACCAAAAUGGUAAUCCGAAGCCAACAUACAACCAUCCAAAUUCUACUGCACAUAACGAAGGAAACAACAAAGGUGAAGACAACAGGGGCUCUCAAGUCAUGGACGAUGAAGAUGCCGAAACAUUGGAUAGUGAAAUAUCAGGAGACGAGCAAGAACGUAAACAACUUCAUAGAGAUGACAAUGAGCUGGAACGUCGUAUGCAUCGUGGGAUUUAUAACUACAAGGCAGUACGCACUGGCGACUGGGUUAAAGAUGGUGCGAAAAUGAGGUGGAGAAGUUUGAAGAAACGUUUCAGCUUGAAUGGACGUGAGCCUGAUGUUGAGACUGAAAUUGCAAGAUAAAACUUUGGUAAUCCUGCAACAGUUCACUCAUAGAUUUUUAUGAAAUUAUGACUGCAAAAGUAAUGAUUGUGUUUUGAUUCAAAUCACAUCACAUGGAAACCUAAAACGACUUUACUUCUUUCAUUGUAAGCGCAAUUGCUUACUGCUUCUUACUUAUUACUUAUUUACACUUUUAAGCAUAUGUGCUUGUUCUAACGUACUAUAUAUACUGACUUGUAAAUGAUAUAGUUUUUAUUAUUUCAAUAACAUGAUAUUAUCUUAAAUUGUAUUAAAAGACUGCCCGGUUGUUUCUAUAGUGAUGGAAAACCAGUCCCAUAAACUGAUAGGGUAGGGUUUUACAGCAAAGAAUAGACACGAAAUUUUUGUGUUAUUUAACACA